AAAAAAAAAAAACCGAAGUGGACGAGCUCCACAAUUUUAUUUUAUUUUUUAAAUUUUGUAUCGGUGACAAGGGCCAAAUUUAUAAGACUCGAUUUUGAAUGUAGUCCUUUCAAUUCUUAUAUUUAAUCUUUGUAAACCCUAGAUCUCCUGUUGCCGACCAACCUCCGGUUUCUUCCUGUCUGAUCGCCAACAAACCUCCGGUUUCUCCUUAUCUGAUCGCCAACCAAUUCUCAUAAUUAUCAAGUUCAAGUCGAUUUCAGAGAGAAAGGCAUGGAUGAUAGUUGUGCGGUCUGCGCGGAUGCCCUGGAAUGGGUGGCCUAUGGAGCAUGUGGGCAUCGGGAGGUCUGUUCCACCUGCGUCGUCCGCCUACGCUUCAUCUGUGGUGACCGUCGCUGCUGCAUAUGCAAGACCGAGUCACCCAUCAUUUUUGUCACAAAGGCUUUAGGAGAUUAUACAAGGAUGAUUAGUGACUUUACAGUCUUGCCAUCUGAACCAAGGGAGGGUCGAGUUGGAUCAUAUUGGUACCAUGAGGACUCACAAGCUUUUUUUGAUGAUGUGGACCAUUACAAGAUGAUAAAGGCUAUGUGCAGAUUAUCAUGCAGUGUUUGUGACAAGAUGGAGGAGGAGGCAAAUGAUGGCACAAAGCGUCGAGGAAAGUUUAGGAACAUAGAACAGUUGAAGGGUCACUUAUUCCAUCGACAUAGGUUGCUUAUGUGUAGUCUAUGUUUGGAAGGACGGAAGGUAUUCAUUUGUGAGCAAAAGCUGUACACCAGAGCACAAUUGAAUCAGCAUAUAAGCACAGGUGAUUCUGAGGUUGAUGGUAGUGAGAGUGAGAGAGGUGGAUUCAUGGGUCAUCCAAUGUGUGAAUUUUGCAAGUCACCGUUCUAUGGAGAUAAUGAGCUGUACUCGCAUAUGUCCACUGAACACUAUACUUGUCAUAUAUGCCAAAGGCAGCAUCCUGGACAAUAUGAAUAUUACAAGAACUAUGAUGACCUUGAGAUACACUUCCGCCGAGAGCAUUUCCUAUGCGAGGAUGAAGCCUGUCUUGCCAAAAAGUUUGUUGUCUUUCAAACUGAAGCAGAAAUUAAGCGACAUAAUACUAUUGAACAUGGGGGGCGUAUGUCUCGGGCCAAGCGUAAUGCUGCUCUCCAGAUACCAACAAGCUUCCGAUAUAGGCGAAGUACUGAACAAGAGAAUCGUCGUGGAAGGGGAAGGGCAUUCCACCGUGAUCAAUAUGAUGAUCAAAUAUCUUUGGCUAUCCAAGCAAGUCUGGAGACAGCUAACUCAGAGAUCACAUCUCAUGAUCCACCACCAUCAUCAUCUAGCGCUCAAGGAGUUUCUGUUCAUGUAGAUGUGAAUUAUAUUGAUCCAUUGCUUCAGCCUUUUGAAUCAUUAACUGCAACAGAUUCAGAACAGCCUUCAAGAUAUCUUCAAGCACUGGGGCAAGGUUCCAGGAACACAUCUUUGGCAGAAUCUUCCUUUCCUCCUCUCAUGAAUUCCAGCAGUAAUCAACAAAAAGGAAAACAAGAAUCAGAAGGUUUGCCUAAUAACACUAUGGCAGCACAUCUUCGACGCCAAAACAGAGUUACUGUUCUUAAUUCAGCUCAGGCAUGGCCAGCUCCAACCCGUGGGAAUGCAUCUGGUAGCUCAUCGCAAUAUAGGCCUAACAUUAAUCCUGCAUCUUCAAAUUCACAAAGUUCUGGCGGUGUACCUGCACUGUCUAGUUAUGCGAGUUCUGUUCAGGUUCAGGCUCAGUCUAGACCCACAUUAGUUCACGGACAUCUCUCAGCUGGUUCUACAGGAAACUUAGGCAACAUUAAUAGGAUUGGCCAUCCUGCAUUGGCCCCAAAUCUCUCUGAGAGCAGGUCAUUGACGCCAUCCAUUUCAGAUUUCCCCCCUGUUUCUUUGACACAAGUCAGCAAGACAUCUCCCAGUGGCAAGGUUUUGCAAAAUGUGGAAGAUGUUCAAACUGCAAACAAAGCACUGGUGGAAAAGAUACGUGCUGCCCUUGAAUAUGAUGAGGACAAGUAUGCUUCUUUUAAAGACAUAUCUGGACAGUAUCGUCAGGGUUCAGUUGACACUGAAACAUACCUGUAUUAUGUACGGGAAUAUGGCUUGUCACAUCUUGUUCUUGAGUUAGCUAGGCUUUGCCCUGAUGCUCAGAAGCAAAAAGAAUUAGUUGACACCUACAAUGCUAGUUUGAGAGGUAAUGGUGCCCAUGAGAAUGGUAGGAGCUAUGGCAGUGGCAAUUUGAAAGAUGGUACCAGCUUGAAGAAAGGCAAAGAGAUCAAUGAUGAAGGUAGUAAUUCAAAGGAUAGAUUGGCAGAUGACAUUAUAAGCACUGUUCGGACAAUGCAGUCACAUUACAAGCCUACAGGAGGAGAGGUGGAGGUGCUAUCAAAAGAUGGAUAUCGUUCUAAUAGAGGAAAGGCAUCUUUAUUGAGUGAUGAGAAACAGGAGUUCAAUGGCCAAAAUGAUUCCACAUCUGCUGGGACUAGAUCAAAUCAGAAUGUUAAGGAUGGGGGCUCUGUAAAUAAGCAUCGAAAGAAAACCUCAAAGUUUAAUAGGGUGAGGCUGGGUGAUGGCUCAAUGGCAGCCCUUCUGGAUCUCAAAAACACCGAGACUGAUCCAGAUCCAGCUGAUGACCAGUCAGAUCGAAGCAAUGAUGCAACUGGAGGUUUACCUGUUCGUGGUGUUUGGAAGAAAGGGGGAGGUCAUAAACUCUUCUUGUAAUCUGGUUUUGGCAGAUGCUUCAUGGAGAAGCGAGAUAAUGUUUAGCAUACCUGCAAUAGAUGGAAAAGUUUCCAGUGAUUGCUUUCAAUGCAGUAAUUUGGCAAACAUCAAACUCUGUCAAUUUGCUCGUUUUCAUGUUUAGGUGAUGAAUUUUGUGCCUCUUUUUUGCCCCUUGAUAUUCUUUGGCAGAGUCUGCUUGAAAUGGGUAGCCCCUUGCUACAUCUUGAUGACCGCAAAUGUUUAUAAACGGUACACAAAAUAUGAACUUUCUAUGAAGACAUUGCGUAAUAUCGUAUUUGCA